AUGAGCACCGCUGGGCAGGUCAUCAAGUGCAAGGCUGCUGUAGCCUGGGAAGCAGGCAAACCCCUGACUAUUGAAGAGGUUGAAGUGGCUCCACCGAACGCACAUGAAGUGCGAAUUAAAAUCGUGUCCACCGCUGUAUGCCAUACUGAUGCCUAUACUUUAAGUGGUGCUGACCCAGAAGGAUGCUUUCCUGUAAUACUUGGACAUGAAGGAGCUGGCAUUGUAGAGAGUGUUGGAGAAGGCGUUACAAGGGUUAAACCAGGAGACACUGUUCUUCCUCUGUAUAUUCCACAAUGUGGGGAAUGCAAAUUUUGCUUGAAUCCCAAGACAAACCUGUGUCAAAAAAUCAGGGUUACCCAAGGUCAGGGACUAAUGCCUGAUGGUACCAGCCGAUUUACCUGCAAGGGGAAGCAGAUUUUCCACUUCAUGGGCACCAGCACCUUUUCUGAAUACACGGUGGUUGCUGAUAUCUCUGUGGCUAAAAUCGAGAACACUGCUCCUUUGGACAAAGUCUGUCUGCUGGGCUGUGGUGUUUCAACCGGAUAUGGAGCAGCUGUGAACACUGCCAAGGUUGAGCCAGGUUCUACAUGUGCUGUGUUUGGCCUAGGAGCUGUUGGUCUUGCAGUGAUCAUGGGAUGCAAAGUAGCUGGUGCCAAGCGCAUUAUUGGGAUUGACCUUAUCAAGGAGAAGUUUUCCAAGGCCACGGAGUUUGGAGCCACUGAAUGCAUCAGCCCUACAGAUUACAGUAAACCCAUCCAGGAGGUUUUGGUAGAACUCACUGAAGGAGGAGUGGACUAUUCCUUUGAAUGCAUCGGAAAUGUGGGGGUUAUGCGUGCUGCCUUGGAGGCCUGCCAUAAAGGCUGGGGUGUAAGUGUCAUUGCGGGUGUGGCAGCAUCGGGCCAGGAAAUUGCAACACGCCCAUUCCAGCUGGUCACUGGACGUACAUGGAAAGGAACUGCUUUUGGGGGUUGGAAGAGUGUAGACAGUGUUCCCAAGCUGGUCUCUGAAUACAUGGCCAAAAAGAUUAAAGUUGAUGAAUUUGUAACACACAAUUUGCCUUUCACUGCUAUUAAUGAUGCCUUUGAACUGAUGCACGUCGGAAAGAGGUUGGUUGAUUUCAGUCAUGUCAAAUACUGA